AUGCAGGGUCUGUUAUCCGAUUCAAAUCUCAAUACCGAUAAGAUCUUACCCGUUCGCAUAAAGGCACAACUUUUCCAUGAACUGAUCGAAAAUAUAAAAUUAAUACAUGAUAUUGGAAAGCUUCAGGAGCACGAAAAAUUUGAAGAAUUUGAUGAUAUUGACAGCGAUGUUGAUCUGGUGAAACAGUGCAAUGUUUCCUACGAAGAAUGGCAUCGAACGAAAUCAAAUUUAAUUCGAGCCUUGAAGAACACCAUCGGUAUGAACUGCUGGAUUUUGCAAAAAAUCGAAGAUUUAAACAAAAGUGAUAAAUUAACAAGUUCUAGUGAUAAUUUUAGUAGUUUUAACUAUAUUUCCGAAGAAGCUCCUGAACGAAUGCUGACCGUAUUUGUAGACUCGGAUAAUACUCAUCUUAAGGAAUCUCAAACUCGCUCAUAUAUUACUCAAAUAGAACGAGAAAAUUAUAUUGAAUUAAAAAAUAAACUAGUCAAAAGAUUACCUACCGAUAAUGUUAUGUUGUUUAGCCAAGAAGAUGAUCUGGAUACGUACCAAUUCAAAUCGACAAUUAUUGAUAGAUUGAAAAAGUCAAUUGAUAAAUCUAUUGGUGAUAAUCCAUUGGAAAAAGGAAAAAUGAAAACUCUUCCUGAAAUUUUGCAAGAACAUACUAGUCAUCUAACAAUAUUAAGGGAACACAUGCUGCUGUACCAGCUGGUUGAUAGAAAAUAUUUAGAAUUCAUUAGAAAAAGGAUAACUUUCAUACAUUCGAAAGCAGAAAGUUCCAGCAGGAAAGAUCCCAGCGCCAAGAAAGAUAGUUUAAGAAACGAACCAAUAUUUAUCAAAGGAUCUCAAGGUGUCGGUAAAACGACUUUGCUGUAUGAUGCUUAUACGAGUUGUACACAAUGGUUUACAUGUCCAGUAACAAGGAUAGCUCGAACAGCCCGUGCUACUCCAAGAUCCUGCAGAGUUUUAGAAUUCUUCCGUGUUUUGUGCCAACAAUUGUCAUUUGUUCUUGCUUUACCUCAGGGACAUCUUCCGAAAGAUGCAGGAUUUGAUCCUCGAUAUGUCAGUAAAUGGUUUAAGGACAUCAUAAGGUGUUGUGGUGAACGAGAUGAGGUCUUUAUAAUCUUCAUAGAUGAUCUGCACAAAUUGUUGGGAAUGAAUCACCAUGAAAUGAACAUGUAUAUGCCUGCCAUUUAUCCACGAAACGUUUUUGUCAUCUUCACUGUAGCUACUAACGAUGAACCUGGUUUUAACAAAGUUGGUUCAGUAUUGAACCCAUCUCAAAGUGAACAGAAAUUAAUGAAGAGUGACUCAUUAAAAACUGAUGAUAAAACUAAUUCUCCUUUUUCUACCAAUUCCAACGACCAAGGCAUGAAGAUCUCAUCCAGUGAACAAAAUUUACGCGAACAAAAUGCACCAUUAAAUCGCGAGCAACCUUCACAACAAAGUAUAAGAAAACGUUUGCAUAAACAAAUGAGUGAACAAGAAGUUAUAUUAAGUGACCAGCAACAUGGAUUGAAUAAAAGUUCAAGUGAGCAUAAUAUAAAUGAACAGUUAUUGAUCAGUAAACGCGAACCAGGAGCUGGUGAUCAUCAGCAUAGCAAUAUUUACAAAAGCCUGCAGAGUGUCAACAACUGCAUAGAGUUAACUCAUAGUGUGGCUAUCAGAAGAUGCGAAAAUUGUUUGGCUGAAUAUAUGCAUAAAACUUUGGUAGAUGAAGAACAAGAAAAUCUGAAAAAUUCAGGUGGUUCUGAAAAGAGUGGUACCACAGAGGAAAAGAACGAUAAAGUCAAUGAUAAUGAAAAUUGUGAAGAUAUCACUAGUUAUUUGAAGCAUUACUAUCAACCUAAAUCCCACCAGGACCACACGACUUCAUUAUGCUGCACUUUGAAACACAAUUCAGUUGAUGAUCAUCCCAACAAGGAAGAUCCAGAUAAUCAUUUUAAAUCCCAACAAAUAACGAUCAAAAAUACUACGACAUUUUCGCAGCAUUUAGAAAACCGGUUAAACAAACUUCAAGAUAUGUUCGGAAUGGAACCGGUUGCACAAUUUUGUCGAUAUAUUUGUUGCACAGAAUUCGGUUUAACAGAGAGCGAAUGUCUGGAGCUCCUGGUGCCGAUUGAGAAAGAUGAUUCAAUUCAUGAUGAGCCGAUUGGAUGCCGAUUUGAAGAAAAAGGAGAGUUUAAUUUCAGGACUUUUCGUGCUGUUAAGGAAGCUUUUGGCGAAUUGAUUUUGGACAAAUACUUGACUGGUAAAAUUGUACUCCAAUGGCGACAUCAGCAGAUGGGCGUGAUAGUAAGACGAAAAUUUUUAACAAGGGAUGUUCAGAAACAAACUCAUAUUCAGGUCGCCAAUUUAUUUUUGAAUGAAGAUGAACCAGAAGCUUUAGAUGAGGCAGAUGAUAGUUCUCAAGAUAAUCCGGCAACCACGACAACUUACAAUCUCCGACAUGUGGAGGAAUAUUGGACUCAACUUCUUCGAGCUGGUUCACUGGAUCGCCUGAAGAAAACUUGUUGUUGUAACUUCGAUUUUCUUUUAGCAUCGGUUCAAAUGGUGUCUAUCAGUUACUUACGGUGUUUGUUGGAAGAAAUUCGAGAUUUUAUUUUAGAUCGGGAUAUCGAAAUCGUGUAUUACAUUAUUCAAAAAUCUUCUGAUACAUUAACAAGAGAUCCAACACAGUUGGCAGCUCAGAUGAUAAGUUGGCUGAAACAUGUUUCCAAAGGGUCAGAAGGCGACGCAAAGAACAAUGUUCUGAAUCAGUUGAUGACGUCUUCGAUGGCUUGGAGUGAUGGUUUUACAUCGCCUCUGCUCGUCCCUUUGAACUCUUGGUUGCCUCCGCCGAUUUCUGAACAUAUAAAACAUAUGACUGUCCGCCAAAGUGUGAAUCUGCUGCGAAUUACUCCUGGUUCUCAACACUUGGUCGUGGCCUGCGCCAAUAAAUCUCACCUGGAAUUAUAUCACAUAAUGAGCAACAGACUGGUUCAUGUUUUUACAGGUCACAGUGGUCCUGUAACUUGCAUGGAUAUAACCAAGGGUUCUCAAUAUUUAUUGACUGGUUCUGAAGAUACAACUGUUAUAAUUUGGGAUCUCAAAGAACUGAGAUUGCGGUUUCGUAUUUUUGAGCACAUAGCGCCAAUUUUAAGCGUUUGCUGCGCCUUCGAUUCGGAAGUAAUAAGUGCAGGCGACGACUCCAGUAUUAUUGUGACGUCACUUGUCGAUGGAACCACCAUUACCAAGAUAGAUCAUCAUAGAGGUCCUGUGACAGCACUGGUUGUGGAUAAGGAGCAGGAUAUAUUAUUGUCAUCUAGUCAGGACACGACAAUAUGCAUCUGGGCUUUGACUGAUUUUGAAUUGCUCAAUUGUAUUAAAAUGCAGGAUAGCGUUUUAUCACUGGACAUCAGCGGAGAUAAUGUAUUUUUGCUGGCACACUGUAAAGAUAAUGGUCUUUAUGUGAGAUCGUUGGUAACAGGAACAGAGCUGCAUAAAUUGGAGGAUGCGCAUUCAGAGAUCCAAUGCAUCUCUAUUGCCAAUGACAACAGACGCGCCGUUGUCGGUUGCGCAGACGGAUCAGUCCUGGUAUAUGAAUUGCAUUCUGGAAAAUUGCUCAAAAUGUACAGAAAUAAAAAGAAUUACUUCAAAAGUUAUAUUCACAAAAGCCAUCAAGUCAUUGAUACAAGUAUAUAUGUUGAGGAUAGAUUAAAAGACACUGCGUAUUUGCAUAUGAAACUACAUGAUAAUAAAGAUCUCGAUAGUAAGACAUAUACGAGCAUAUGCAUAUGCGAGAGCGAUGAUUUUUUAAUUGUUGGAGUUGGAGAUCAAGUCGAAGUAUAUUCCUUCAGAGAUGAAGGCGAAACAAAUAUAAAUUCUCAGUGUUUCACAAAGAAUCUCAAGAAGUCAAUGAGACACAGAAGACCCAGAAUUCCGAAUACGUCAUCAUCUACAAGUGACGUCACCUGCAUAAGUGACGUAACACGAGAUGAUCAAUUCUUUGCUGAAGGCGACUCCAAUGGCGACGUUACAGUCUGGUCCUUGGUCACUUCCUCAGUUAACAAUGUGUUUUCGUAUUCAGUUGACAACGGAAAAACUUCAGGGACUGGUAAAUCAUCAUCGAGCUCUGAUAAGACAAUCGGCGCCGAAAAAGACAAAUUUGCCAUUGGAAAAUCGUUGUCAGGUUCCUCUGAUAAAUUCGUGACCAGCCUGAGUAGCUCACAUGGUGGUGGUGAUUCUUGUGUAACUUGCGUCACGGUGUCACCUGAUGUCACAUUUGUUACGGCUGGUUUCCUGAACGGUGACAUCAUCAGUUGGAAGAUAACGGACUCAUCGCGGAUAAGCAUAUUCAGAGGUCAUAAGGCACCAAUAUCCUGCGUCAGAGUACUCUGGGACAACAAAAAGAUAAUUUCUGGCGGCGGCAAAGGUGAAGAAUUGAUGUGCACGAACUUCGACUGCAGUUUGACCAUACUGUCCCUAAAUGCUUCCGAAGGAGAUUCGAAUCAUUCCAAUUCCGGAAAAUCGAAUGAUGUCAAAUACUGCGUUACCCACAGUGACGUCAUUGAGUGCUUUUCACCAAGUCAUUGUGGACGUUACGUGGUGACAGGAUCUCGCGAUGCCUCGCUGAAGGUCUGGCAGACUGAUGGAGGAAAACUUGCUCAGGUCCUAGUCGGCCACACAGACGGCGUCACAUGUCUCUCCUAUACCAUAACUCCAGAUACGACUUCAUCUACCAAUUCAACCUCAGUAGCCUCAAAACCUUUAACUACAAACCUAAAAUCCAAAUAUAAUCGGUUAAUAACCGGGUCCUUAGACUGCAAUCUUAUUUUAUGGGAUGUCGAAACUGGAAGUGAAUUAUUUCUGCUCGGCGGUCAUCUUGCUCCAGUUAGACGAGUUGAUGUCAGCGGAGACGGAAGCACUUGUGUUAGCGCUUCUGAUGAUGGUACCAUAAUUGUUUGGGAACUGAAGCGCGGUUUGGCUUUGACCUCUUUACACCUCCAUUGCACAAGCAUUUUAAACAUGUGCGUCGCAAACGACUGCAAUAGAAUUAUUGCCAGGCUUUCUUUAGAUAACAGCAUAUCAUCGUCAUAUGAACAAAGUGCAGGAAUUGAAUUCUCGACACCAGCAGCAGGUAGAAUAUCAGUUAUCUGUUUGCAUAACACGCCUGCAGUAUUCAGGAAGAUAGAGGAAAACAUUUUCCUACUUGGAGCAGGUGCAGGAUCAGACGACGGCGGAGGUGCCAGCAAUGCCGAAAGCGAAGAUUCUGUUUCUGACAAAUUGACCGGUCCUGGACUUACCUUCAACAAAUUAAAGUCCUAUGGAGCAGGACUAGGCAUUCACCACGGCGGAAGCGGCACUGGACUGAGUAAGCGGAAACCAGCGCCUCCACUACGAAAAUUGUUAAAGAAAGAAGUAUCACUGGAUACUUAUUCCUGGCAGAAAAAGUAUGGUCAUCUUACUGCUAGCAGCACCAUCAUGGCACAGGUGGACGAGAAGUUAAAAAGACGUUUCUCAGUAUCUGCAUCUAUGGAAGAAAUAUCAAAAUUGGCCGAAAACAAUUCCGGUUCGAAUUUGGAUCAUGAGGGCGGAAAUGGCAAGGGAAAAGGAAGUAAAAAGAAAGACGCUCUGCGUAAGUCUCAGCAACAUUUUGAUCAACUGGAACAACUCUGGAGCAAAGUACCCACUGCACCGUCCAGUGGCAGCAGGUGGAACCGAAAUUAUUUAACGAAACAGAGCUCUUUGGCAGAAGACCGAAUAGACUCAUCAGAUGAGGAAACAGAUGGAUAAAUUUUAAUAUUAGGAUAUAAACCAAAAUAUUACAUACCAGUCCAUGCGUAAGUAAUUUAUAAGUAAUAAGGUAAGUGUUAACAUGUGGAUAAGUGCAUUUUUUUAAAACAGUUUUAAGAUAGUUACUUUUUUAGAAA